AUGUUGUCACGAAACCUUCUCCGCGCGUCCGCACGAGCUGUCGGUGCCUCUGCCAGAGCUGCUGCUCCUCGAUCAACCCUUCCUGCUGGCGCAGCUUACAUCCACAACAACAACAAUCCUCUCAACAAGGCAGACAACAAGGACAAGAAGACACCUACGCCUACUCCCGGUGCAUUCGCCCGUACAGACGACAGCAUCACCGUCGAGUACCCGGAGGAAGAUGCUCUCCCCUCCUCUACCCCCGUUCAAGGCCGUGGUGGUUUCCACAUGAAGCGAACCCUCGCCUCCUUCUCACUCGAGGGUAAGGUCGGUGUAGUUACUGGUGGCGCUCGUGGCCUCGGACUUGUCAUGGGUCAAGGCAUGGUUAUUAGCGGUGCCAACCUGGCAAUCGUCGAUAUGAACAAGGAAGAAGCCGAACGCCAAGCUAUCGAGCUGGUUGACGUGUUCCGCAAGGAGAACCCUGGCGCCACCAGAGUGCCCAAGGUCACCGCUCAUUACGCCGAUGUGUCGGAUGCGGACUCGGUUCAGAAGUGCAUUGACGAGGUUAUCAAAGAGCACGGAAAGAUCGACCACCUCGUCACCAGCGCCGGUUUCACCGAGAAUUACAACGCUGUCGACUACCCUAUUGACCGCAUGCGCAAGCUGUGGAGCGUCAACGUGGAUGGUACAUAUCUCUUCGCUAUCACCGUUGCCAAGCACCUGAUGGAGCGCAAGAGCCCCGGAAGCAUGGUUUUCAUCGGAAGUAUGUCCGGUGCCAUCGUGAACGUACCGCAGCCCCAGGCUCCGUACAACAGCGCCAAGGCCGCCGUCCGGCAUUUGGCCGCUUCUCUUGCCGUCGAGUGGGCCCACGCCGGCAUCCGUGUGAACUGUAUUUCCCCCGGUUAUAUGCUGACUGCUCUUACCGAGAAGAUCCUGGACGAUAAGCCAGACCUCAAGAAGCAGUGGACCUCACUCAUCCCGCAGGGUAAGAUGGGUCAACCCGUCGAUCUUAUGGGUCCCGUCGCAUUCCUACUGUCGGAUGCCAGCGCAUACGUGACCGGCGCCGACAUCCGCGUCGACGGUGGUUACACUCUUACUUAAGAGGUGAAACUACGUCCAAACUUCAUCUUCGACGGGCUUUUUAGAGGGAAUAUAUUGGGGCAAAAGGACAUAGACAGUGAUUUUUUCGAUUCCAGGGAGUUGGGCGGGGAUUUUGUUCUUCCAAUAAUAGAGGCUCCCUUUCGAUCCUGCGAAGAUAAAAUCGGAUCAGAGGGGCAACUCGUCCCACAGAAGAAGCCAUGGUUGGCUCGUCCUCGCGGGAUAGGAUUGAUGAUGAUGAUGAUUUGCGUGUCAAAUGUCUCGAGGGUAGAUGAAGACACGGAAUCGCGCACGAUUAUUAUUAUUAUUUUCGCGCUUCGUCGGUCAAGUCAGUAU